CCUCAGUAUUAUUUUGGUUGUUGGAGAUUGCUUCUCCACUGCACAGUACUUUGUGUGAAUUUUGAGCUUUGUUGAUCCUCCCUCGGACCUGGAGCCUUGUUUGUACCUCUGUGCUACCUGACUUGAUUUCCAGCCCACAGAGCUUUGGAUAAGAAACUUUUAAGCCUUCAGUGUAAGAGAACUUCAGAGCAGAAGCUAGGCACUGAGCUAUAAGGAGAAGGCGAUGUCUGGAUCGAUCCCAUUCUACCAGAGGCACCAUCGUCACUAUGACCGUGCCUACCGUAGCCGGGAGGCGGAGUCUACAAUCAGCCAAUACCAGCAGAGCUCCAGCACUUACUCUGCCCACAGAACCAACACGAAAGGCAUCAGAGGUACCACCUUUACCUCUCUGGAUGAGACGGGGGUGAGUCCUCAGCCAAAGAGAGCCAAGUCCACCUACCUGGCUGUGGACAAAGAGAACCAGAUUAUAGGCUAUGUGGUGCCCAUCUUCAGGGGAAGUCAGGAGUUUGCGAGUGGUCUGUCAGACACUGAAGAGGCUCGGGCUAAAGAGAGUGCUGGUUACCUGGCGCGCAGAGACCUCUUCACCAGUGGGGUGGAGAUGGAACGUGUGGAACACAAGUCUCGCAGAGCCGUCAUGAGGGAGUCUGCAGAACGCAUUUCCCUCACCAAGAGGAUCCAUGACAACGAAGAGUACCACAAGCACCUGAACGAGGAUAACCUAAUGCGUUCCCCGGAGUUUGUGAUCAAGCCCCGCUCACACACUGUGUGGGAAAACCAGUGUGUGCGGCUGCACUGCACAGUUACAGGAUGGCCUGAGCCACGGAUUGUGUGGUACAAGAACAAUGUUAGCAUUGACCCAAUGGCUUAUCCAGGGAAGUACAAACUAGUGAGCAGCUACAAUGUCCACUCUCUGGAGAUUAACAAAUGUAACUUUGAUGACACUGCCCAGUAUCGUGUGUCUGCCAUGAACAGCAAGGGGGAGCUUUCAGCUUUUGCCUCUGUCGUGGUCAAAAGAUUCAAAGGUGAAGUUGAUGAGUCUCUCCCAGCUCCCAGACUCUAUAAGAAAUGGUCCCGCUCUGAAGUGCCCUGCCUGGAGUAUGGAGUGACUUUUGAAACGCAUAUUGUAGAGAAGUUUGGUGUGUCUUUUGGACGUGAGGGUGAGACGAUGAGUCUGGGCUGUUCUGUUAUCAUCUACCCAUCACUGCAACGCUUCCAGCCUGAGAUUGAGUGGUACAGAGAUGAUAAGUUGCUUGUGCCAUCUAAGUGGGUUCAGAUGCACUGGAGUGGAGAAAGAGCUACUCUUACACUUUCACACCUCAAUAAAGAAGACGAGGGGCUUUACACUCUUCGUGUCAUCACAAAGUCUGGCUAUGAGACACACUCAGCCUACGUCUUUGUCCGAGAUUCCGAUGCAGAGGUUGCAGGAGCUCCUGGUGCUCCUCUGGAUGUGUAUUGUCAAGAAGCUAAUAAAGAUUAUGUCAUUGUUACAUGGAAACAGCCUGCUGUGGAUGGAGGCAGCUCCAUUCUGGGCUACUUUGUAGACAGGUGUGAAGUUGGCACGUCUCACUGGAUUCAAUGCAAUGAUACUCCAGUCAAGUUUGCCCGUUUUCCGGUUACUGGUCUCGUUGAAGGCCGCAGCUAUAUUUUCCGUGUGCGUGCGGUGAAUAAGUGUGGCAUGAGUCAUCCUUCUCGAGUGUCUGAACCUGUGGCAGCCAUGGACCCUGCUGACCGUGCUCGAAAAGGAGCCUCUGCACCUUGGACUGGCCAGAUCAUUGUUACUGAGGAAGAGCCUGUAGAGGGUGUGGUUCCUGGCAAACCUCGUGACCUCACAGUUAUUGAGGCCACCAAGAACUAUGUGGUGCUCAGCUGGAAGCCGCCAGGCGACAAGGGAUAUGAGGGUGUCAUGUACUACGUUGAGAAGUGUGUGUCUGGCACAGACAGCUGGCAACGUGUGAACACAGAGCUUCCAGUGAAGUCUCCACGCUUUGCUUUGUUUGACCUGUCUGAGGGGAAAUCUUACUGCUUCCGUGUCCGCUGCUGCAACUCUGCCGGCGUCGGUGAACCUUCAGACCCCACAGAGGCCACUCAAGUGGGAGAUAAACUGGAUAUUCCGUCCGCCCCAGGCCGCGUGAUCCCCACCCGAAACACAGACACAUCUGUCGUUGUGUCAUGGGAGGCAUCACGGGAAGCUAAAGAGCUGGUGGGCUACUACAUUGAGACCAGUGUUGCUGGACGCAAUGCUUGGGAGCCCUGCAACAAUAAGCCUGUCAGAGCCACCAGAUUUGUGUGUCAUGGCUUGACAACAGGCGAAAAGUAUGUUUUCCGUGUAAGGGCGGUUAACGCAGCCGGAAUCAGUGACUUCUCACAGGAGUCUGAGGCCAUCGAAGUUAAAGCUGCUAUUGGGGGCGGUAUUCCUCAUGCCUCCCCUGCUCCACCCUACGGCAUUUCCGUUUUGGAGAGUGUAAGGGAUUCUAUGGUGCUAGCCUGGAAGCAGCCGACAUUCAUUGGUGGUGCUGACAUCAUUGGAUACUUUGUCGAUUAUCGAGAGGUCAUCAAUGGAGUACCUGGAAAAUGGCACGAGGCUAACAUUAAGUCAGUCAGUGAGAGAGCCUACAGGGUCUCUGAUCUGAAGGAGAACAUGUUCUACCAGUUCCAGGUUCGUGCUGCAAACAUGGCUGGUGUUGGCAUCCCAUCUCUGCCCAGUCAGACCUUUAAAUGUGAAGAGUGGACCAUUGCUGUGCCAGGUCCCCCACAUGACCUCCAAGUGCUGGAAGUACGUAAAGACUCUUUGGUGUUGCUCUGGAAACCUCCAGUGUACCAGGGUCGUGAUGAGGUCAAUGGCUAUUACAUUGACAUCAAGGAGACUGAUGCAGGUUUUGAGAAAUGGAGGGGAGUUAAUGAGAAAGCUACAAGCAAGACAUACAUAAAGAUUAAAGAUCUGAAAGAGGGAGUGUCAUAUGUUUUCCGUGUACGGGCUCAGAACAAGGCUGGUGUGGGAAAAGCAUCUGAAGAAACAGAGCCAGUGUUGGCUGAGACUAAACCAGGCACUAUGGAGUUGGUUGUAGAUGUUGAUGAUGAAGGCGUCAUUUCCCUGAACUUCGAAUGUCAUAAUCUCACUGGUGAAUCCAAGUUCAUCUGGUCCAAGAACUAUGAGGAGAUGAAAGACACUAAGCGUAUGACCAUGGAGACCAAGGGCAACAAGUCCAAAGCUAUCUUUAACUGUCCUUCUGAGGAUGACCUGGGCAUCUACUCCUGUGCUGUUACACACACUGAUGGAGCCUCUGCCAGCUACACCUUGACUGAGGAGGGCCUGAAGGAGCUGCUGAAGAUCAGUCAUGACCACAAAUUCCCCAUUAUUCCUCUGAAAUCAGAGUUAGCUGUGCAGUUGUUAGAGAAGGGUAGGGUUCGCUUCUGGCUCCAGGCUGAGAAGAUUUCUGCUAACGGCAAAGUUGAAUAUGUUUUCAAUGACAACAUGAUCUCUCAGGGAGAGAAAUAUAAGAUGAACUUUGAUAAAAAUACUGGUAUCAUUGAGAUGUUUAUGGAGUCACUCGGGAAAGAGGAUGAAGGAACGUACACUUUCCAACUCCAGGAUGGCAAAGCCACCAACCAGUCCAGCCUGGUGCUGAUAGGAGAUGUUUUCAAACAAUUGCAGAAAGAAUCUGAGUUCCAGAGGAAGGAAUGGCACAGGAAACAAGGUCCUCAUUUUGUGGAGUAUCUAAGUUACGAGGUCACACCCGAGUGCAUUGUGAGACUGAAGUGCAAAGUGGGUAACAUGAAGAAGGACUCUGCAGCAUUGUGGUAUAAGGAUGGAAGAGAGAUAAAGGCCAGUGAGAAACUGGACUUCUCUGAGGGAGUGCUGACGCUGGACAUUACUAAGAUCUCUAAGAAGGAUGCGGGUGUGUAUGAGGUGAUUGUAAAGGAUGACAGAGGCCAAGACAAAUCCACUCUUAACCUGACUGACCAAGGAUUCAAGGAUCUGAUGAACCAAGUUUUCAGUGUUAUUGCAAACUCGUCCACUCCACUGAAGAUCCAGAGCACCGAGGAGGGCAUCCGCCUCUACACAUUCGUCAGCUAUUAUAAUGAAGACCUGCUCGUCACUUGGCAGCACAAGGAGUCUGCCAUUGCCUUUACUGAUCGAAUUAAGAGUGGUGUGGUGGGUGAGCAGUUGUGGCUGCAGAUCAGUGAACCAACAGAGAAAGACAAGGGCAAGUAUGCCAUCGAGUUCUCUGAUGGGAAAGGAGGACUGAAGAGGACAAUAGAGCUGGCUGGACAAGCAUAUGAUGAUGCUUAUGCAGAAUUCCAGAGACUGAAAGCUGCUGCCAUUGCAGAACGAAAUCGGGCUCGUGUGGCAGGAGGUCUGCCUGAUGUGGUAACCAUCCAGGAGGGCAAGGCCCUGAAUCUGACAUGUAAUAUCUCGGGAGACCCCGUGCCUGAGGUGACCUGGCUGAAGAACGAGAGAGAGAUGGUGUCUGAUGAUCACUAUGUCCUCAAGUUCGAGUCUGGCAAGUUUGCCAGCUUCACCAUCACCAGCGUGAACACAACUGACUCAGGAAAAUACAGCAUCUUGGUGAAGAACAAGUACGGCACAGAGAGCGGCGACUUCACCUUGGAAGUCACAGAGAACAUGGGUGAUCUGGGUGUGGUUUCAUACCUGACUGAUGAACAUGGCAAUGUGAUGAUUGGACCCACAGCUUGUUUAUCUAAGCCUCCAACACCAAAUGAAUCAAAACCAGCCACAUCUACUCCUCCACUUCCAAAGCCUGCUUCCACAACACCUCUCUCUCUGGCAUCAACUAGCCCAUCAGAGGAGAAACCCAAGAAGAAGACAACAGAAGAGAAAAAGAGGGAGAAAAAGAAAGUGAUUAAGAGGAAAGAGUCUGUUAUUCUGAAACUCCCUAUUGGAGAGGCGGAGUCACAUGAGCCCACCCCCACAUCGACACCUGUUACACCUGGAGCAGAAACUACGCCUCUCCCUGAUCCAGGGCCUGAGGCAUCAGCAGAUGCAUGAGGGCUAGUGAAGGACUGAGUGAAUUAGAGUAAAAGAUAACCUAGAUAUUUAGAUAUUAAUGGCUAGGAGUUUGUCUCAGACAGUAUCAAUGAUAACCAACAAGUUUAAUCAGAUUGAAAGCAAAGGAACUUUAAUAUUUAGCUGGAGACAGAUUUUCGUUGUGCCUGUGCACGUGUGCUCGAGUGGUGUGAGGUGUUAAAGUGCACUGUCCCAAGUCUCUGUUAAGUACAUUUCACUAUGGAAGAGGAGAAUCCCAGUUUGUAAUAGGUAUAUAAAUGCAUGAGUAAAACAACUUUCAUUGCAUUCAUUGAUUAAUACAUUAUUUAAAAAAAAAAAACAUUGAUUGAUGGAGAAUAGUAUUUGUGUUGAGUGAAUGUGAAAAUACAUUUAUUUGAAAUUAUUCUGUUUUAAAAUGAAUGUGAAAAACUGAUGUGACAGAUUUCCUUACAUUUCUAAAUAGAUCAGUUGAAGUAGGUACUGUAUAUUAUGCAAGUGUAUGUGUCUGAAUGACUGCCUUGAGCAGUUAUGAUAUCUUUAUAAGGAUGGACUGGAUAACUGGUGGCAGAUAAGUGGUAAGGAAACCUGUGUGUACAUACACUAUAUGCUAAGAAACACCUAUCCUGAUAGGAACAAAAAAAGAGAGAGACAGUAAAGAGAGACACAGCCACAGAAGCUGUAGUAGAAAUAUAUAGGAAUUACCCAGUGUAUGAACACAGCAGAAGAACUACACAUGACCAACAAGCAUGGAUCUCUAAAAUGUUUUUUCCUAGCAGAGAGAAAGACUGACACAGAGGUACAUAAAUAUUAAAAACACUUGUGUAAUGUUCUGCUAUACAAUAUAACCAGCUUCUUAUGAAAAUUUUCUAGUUGCCUGUCCUGUGCUUAUCCCAGGAUUGUUAAACACUUUUUGCUUCUACUGAACAUCUUUUCAACACAAAUAGUACUCUUUGACUUUAUAGUAUACAGCCCAGUUGUAGAAGAGUAAUGAUUUAUAAUCCCAAUAUAAAGUGUCAUCCUGCACCUUUGGUUUCCUCCUUAGGGAUCCAAAUCUAGUCAUUUGUCAUUAUGAUAUACACGUCAAUUUUCUUUAUAAACUUUUCUUUAUAAACAUUAUAAACCACGCAGCUAGAGUGGAAACACAUGAAAUCACAUUGUAUUUUUUUUAUCCUCAAAAUAUUUUUUUUCUAUAUUUAGAACCAAAAAUCUUAGUUUCUAGAUGACCUGCAUUCAUGACUUUAUUAUGGGGAUUUUACAGAACAAUUUUACAGAAGAACUUCCCAAAACUGCUGGAUUUUAGAUUUUAUACUGUAAAAUCUCUCUCUCUCUCUCUCUCUCUCUCUCUCUCUCUCUCUCUCUCACACACACACACACAGUAGUUAAGCAAUAAAGAAAUGAUCUGAUCAAACUGUUCUGUAAAAUUAUCUCACUGAGGAGUGUGUGCACAAUGAAAUAAAGAUUUUAAUUCUAACCUCA